AUGGCCAAUCAAAAGGAACCCGGGCCCAAGUUGCCCGCGCAGCAGCUGGCUAUCCUCGCCGUCGCUCGCUUCGCCGAACCUCUCGCCCUAACCUCCGUCUUCCCCUACCUCCCGGAGAUGAUCGCCAGCUUCGGCGUCGAAAAGGACGAAGUAGCCCGCUGGGCCGGGUUCACCGGCGCCAUCUUCUCCAUCGCCCAGAGCACCACCGCCGUCGCGUGGGGGCGGGCGUCUGACCGGUUCGGCCGGAAACCUAUCAUUCUCAUGGGCUUGGCGAGUACCAUGAUCUGUUUUUUGCUUUGGGGCAUGUCGACGAGUUUGACUAUGGCCGUCGUUGCGCGCGCGAUUAUGGGCGGUGGGAAUGGCAAUGUCGGUAUUAUCCGAACCAUGGUCGCCGAGAUGGUGCCGGAACGGUCUCUUCAGCCCAAGGCCUUUUCGAUCAUGCCCCUCGUCUGGAGCAUCGGUUCCGUGUUUGGCCCCGCCUUUGGGGGGUUCUUUGCCCGGCCUGUUGACCAAUACCCCAGUCUGUUUGGGGACUCGGCCUUCUUCAAGCAGUACCCCUUCGUUCUGCCGAAUCUCAUGGCAUGCUGCGUAUUCUUCGUCUCCUUCAUGACGGGGUUACUGUUUCUUAAGGAAACCCUCCACACCAAACGCAACCAACGCGACUGGGGCCUAGUCCUCGGCGAGAAGCUCACGGGAACCUUCAAGCGCCGCUCCAAGGCCAACCCCAAACGCCGCCGCCUCUCCUUCGUCGACGACGAAGCCUCCGCCCCUCUACUCGCCGACUCCGCCAUGUCCAGCACCGACCAGCUCGCCGCGCAGCAGCAGGAACAGCAACAACCCAUCACCUACAGCGAGAUCUUCACCUCACAGACGAGCAUCAACCUGCUAGCCUACACCUUCCUCGCCCUCCACGCCGUCGCCUACGACCAGAUCCUCCCCGUCUUCCUCAACUACCCGCGCGUCGUCCCCGACGAGUCCAACACCAGCCUGCCGUUCAAAUUCACCGGCGGGUUCGGGCUCGGCUCGGAUCGCAUCGGCACCAUCUACACUAUCUACGGCAUCUGCUGCGGUGUGGUGCAGUUCCUCUUAUUCCCCACGCUCUGCAGCCGCUUCGGCGUGCUUACCUGUUUCCGCGCAGCCACCAUGGUCUUCCCCAUAAUCUACAUCCUCACCCCCUACACAGCCCUAAUCCAAUCCGACACCCUCCGCUACACCAUCUUCCUCACCCUCCUCCUCAUCAAAGGUUUCGUCGUCAUAAUCGGUUUCCCCUGCACCACCAUCCUAGUAACCAACUCCGCCUCCUCCCUGCGCAUCCUCGGCACCCUCAACGGGUUCGCAACCACCUUCAGCGGAUUAGGGCGGGCCGUCGGCCCCGCGGGUGCUGGCGCCGUGUUUAGUUGGGGGAUGAGGAAUGGGUAUGCGGUUGCGCCGUGGGCGAUGUUGGCUGUUAUUGGGGUGGUCGGGGCGGUGGUGCCUUGGUUUAUUGUUGAGGGGGAGGGGCCGUAUACGGGGGAGAGUGGGAGUAGUAGUCCUGUGGUGAGUGGGUCGGAGAGGGAGAGUUUGUUGAGUGAGGAGACGGUGGGUAGUGAGGAGGAUGAGGAUGGGGAGGAUGAGAGUGAUGGGUUGGGGGUUGUGAAGAAGAGGGGGACGGCGGUGGGGUAUGGGACGGUGAAUGGGCGGUAG